AAGGUGCUAUAAGCUCGCGACCUUAUGGAAACGCCUCUUCCUUGCCACGACUGAUAAACCCACCGCAUCUAUAUGAACAGGUGGCGUAUAAAGUGGCUGCGUUCAUCCGAAGCUGCCGCGGGAAACUACGCACUUGGCGACCAGCGAGUAUGGAGUCAAGACGCCCUCUUGCACUGAAAGACGCGGUGGUAGUCGUCACUGUGGCGUGCAUACUAUUCACUUCCUUGUCGUUGGUUACAGGGCAAGGUGUCAACAGAUGUGGACCCGAAUUAGCGAAGGAGUGCUACCUGAAGUAUAAAAGUGCGGUAUGGUCGGAACAGUUUAAGCCAAACCAAGACGGAGUGUACGAUGAAGAGGAAUUCAGGAUACUUUGCAGCCGCAUCAAGAAAAAGAUCCCGUGUCAUGAAUACCUGGCCGAUUGCCCUGAAACGAUGAACGGCAGCUACCGAAUCCAGGAGAGAGGUUACGAGGCAAUGACCAACAUCGUCUGUAAUAGUAAGAUGCUGAUAGAUUUUUACACAGCAUACCAUUGUCAAGACUGGCACAAGGUGGACGAGUGCGCAAAAGCAAUGUCGCCAACGUUGGAUCCAGAGAAUCCUCGCUCACUGGAUGGCAAUGAAGAUUACUGCCGUAUGCGUGACAUCGAAAUUGCUUGCUACGAGAAGACAUUCAAUUCGUCCUGCCCACUGCCAUUGAAGACGGCCCAGACAGCGGUGAACAGCGUUGUGGAUGCCAUAGCCCAGCUCGCCGGCUGCCCUUCGUCUGCACACGCUGUCAUGGUUUCAAACGGAUUUACUGUUCUCCUGGUUGCUGCCGUUAUUCUCAGUUGGUUGAGGACGUGACCAGCCGACCGCAAAGAAAAUGAACGUCACUGAGUAUGGACCUCGCCCCAUGGUCUCAAUGGCUCACUGCGGUUUGCCAUCUUAUCAAGAAGCCUGAAUUCCGUAUAUAGCUCUACGGCCGUGCAGAUACGAAAGUUCAGUUACUCGCACAAACAGACGCAGUCAGGUUUUCAGAUGUGUCAUCAUCUUUCAAGUUUAGUGUCGUUCGCCCUAAGAAUGCAGUUGAGCUCAGCCUUAGUUGACAAUAAAGUAGACUGCUUUAUUGGCCCAGUCAUUUAUGCAUUGCUGGUAGGAAAGGGAGGAAAUUGAAGAAAACUCGCAGUUGUAUGUUUGCCGACUGCAUCGUCAGUGUACAUAUGCGAUAACAAAGUUCAAAACGCGUUAACGUAACGUUCCCAUCUUUAUCGAGCAAGAUAGCACGUGGCCUACCUUUGCCCGAUAAACAAGGUAGUCAUGGCGAGGUAGCCGUUGCACUGCAUUCAUAUCAUAGAAGUAACAUGUCAUAAAAUCACCGCCACACAAAGGACUAGUACAAUGUAUACUCGAAUAAUGGUGUUCGAUAUGGGUCCACGGCAGGCUAUCUGCAGGGAGUAUGCUUCAGUCAAUUCAGGAACAUGCCACCAGUUACAUUCUCUUUAAUUAUCCUCGCAAGUAGCAUCUGAGCUAUGAAAUCAUCCCUUGCUUUUCUGACCUUUCUUUGCGUCGAAAGUGUGCCCUUCUAUGUCUCUUUACUAACACAUGAUACACUAACUCGGCAUCUAAGGAACAGCUUGAAUUUCGCUCAUCAUGCAUACCUCGUUACAUCAUGACUGUUAUAGUUGGAGUUCAUGAGGGCUGCUAAGUCUCUAGAGGGCCAAACUCAACUUUUACAUCUGGCCAGCCAGAAUGCAUUUGGCACUGCUAUCAUUGGUAUAGCUAACCUUGAGAAAGUAUUCUCCAACGUAAUUGAAGCAUUCCGGUACUGUCUGUGAUUCUCUGUAACCCAAGAGUGCUGAUAAAAUAAAAAGAACCAAUUAUGGCGA